AUGGAGAAGCUCCUCGACACAGGCAAAGUCCGCGCCAUCGGCGUCUCCAACUUCUCCAUAAAGAACCUGGAGAUCCUGCUCAAGCAUGCCAAGGUCGCGCCAGCGAACAACCAGGUCGAGAUCCACCCCUACCUCCCGCAGCACGCGCUACAAAAGUACUGCGACGAGAAGGGUAUCCUCCUCUCCGCGUACUCCCCGCUCGGCCAGGGCAACCCGAUGUUCUUCAGCGACCCCGACUUUGCCAGGAUCGCCGAGAGCCACGACGCCACGCCGGCACAGAUCUCGAUCAGCUGGCUCGUCCAGCGGGGCACGCCACCGAUUGUGAAAAGCGCCAACGUCGAGCGCAUGAAGAAGAACAUCACCCUCGUGAAGCUCUCCCCGGGAGAGAUGGAGGUCAUCGACAACAUCCACAGGAAGCCCGGCGCGCACAGGUCGCUGAUGACGUACCACAGGCCCGACGGCACGGCGUCCAUGUGGACGUACGAGCAGCUUGGGUGGCCGAUGACUGUGGGCGGACUUGUCAAGGAGUAG